AUGAGUGCCCAGACCCCACCCAGACUCCUUGACCUGGUGGGAAGAUGCUUGCUGAGGGCCGAUGGCUUGGACUUUUCUGCUCUGGAGAGUCUGCCCAUGGAGCUCUUCCCACCGUUCUUCCUGGAAGCCUUUGGCGGAUAUCAGACCAAGACCCUCAAAGCCAUGGUGCAAACCUGGCCCUUUGUCCGCCUGCCUCUGGGGGCCCUGAUUGACCUGCCUCACGUGGGGCCCCUACAAGCCGUGCUGGAAGCCCUUGAUGUUCUGCUUGCCCAGAAGGUCUUCCUAGACCUGUGCCUGAAGAAAAGGGCCCUGGACAACUUCCUCACCUACCUCCUGAGGUGGGUGGAGCAGAGAAAGUCUUCAAUCCACCUGUGUUGUAAGAAGCUGGAGAUCGUUUCCAUGCCAAUGGACAAUAUCGUGAAGGUGCUGAGCAUGGUGCAGCUGGACUGUAUCCAGGAGGUGCAAGUGAGUUGCACCUGGAAUCUGCCCACCCUCGCCACAUUUGCUCCUUUCCUGGGUGAGAUGAGUCACUUACAGAGACUCCGUCUCUCCCACGCCCACGUGUCUGCCUUCAAGAAGCAGGAGCACGAUCACUUGGUGCACGUUACCUCCCAGUUCCGCAGGCUGGGCCACCUCCGGGAUCUCCAUCUGGAGUCUCCUUCCUUCCUUGAAGGCUGCCUGGACCAGAUGCUCAGGUGCCUGAAGUCGCCCUUGGACAGCCUGUCAAUAACCAAGUGCGGGCUUACAGAAUCAGACUUGACCCUCCUGUGCCAGAGCCCGGACAUCAGUCAGCUAAAGAGCCUGGACCUGAGCGGUGUCACCAUGACUGACUUUCGGCCUGAGCUCCUCCAAGUUCUGCUGGAGAAAGUCGCAGCCACCAUGCAGGAACUGGACUUCGAUGUGUGUGGGAUCACGGACUCCCAGCUGGAGGCCUUCCUGCCCGCCCUGAGCCGCUGCUCCCAGCUCAGGUCCUUCAGCCUGUGUGGGAACGUCCUGUCCACGGCCGGCAUGGAGAAGCUGCUGUGA